UUUUUUUUUUUUUUUUUUUUUUUACCACUCCGUUCCUUUAAUACCCUCUCCUAAAAAAUGAUCAGCUACUUAAGCAUACUUUUACUUUUCCUCUCUCUUGUGAGUGGACAACAAACAAACCCACCCCCAACGACACCAGAUGGAUUCAAGACUGAUGAUAAUAAUAGUGGGCCAGCAGAAGAAAGCUGGCUUAAAAAGAACGAUCGAUAUGUGUUCGUCAUAGUUGUUUCGAUUUUGUUUUUAGCUAUUAUUAUAUGGUAUGUUACCAGAAGUAUUCGUGGUAUGCGUCAAAGAUUAGCACAAGAAAACCAGAACCAUAUGAUGAUGAUUGGGGGUAACAGUAACUUUUCUGAAACGGUGCCUGUUGACAAUAACGGUUUUCAUAAAAUGCCUGAUUAUCCUGUAUCACAACAACAACAACAGCAACAGCAACAACAACACACCCAUCGUUAUUAAUAAUUAUAUUUUUGUUUAUUAUUUAAAACAAAGAAUUUUACACUAUAAAUACAUAUUUAAUUGUGCACCGGAUACAUGCGGGGUUCCUUAACCAUACGUUGCGCCAAAAGCAAUACAUGUUUGAACGCAAACCAUAACCCUUAUAGAUUUGUUUUUAACUUUUUCGUUCAUUGCUUUCUUAUUGAAUACAAAUAAACCAAUGUAGCUUAUACCACACACACAAAAA